AUGUGGCUGCACCUGGCGGUCCUCGUGGGCCUCUACUACCUCCUGCGCUGGUACCGGGAGAGGCAGGUGGUGACCCACCUCCAGGACAAGUUCGUCUUCAUCACGGGCUGUGACUCGGGCUUCGGGAACCUGCUGGCCAGGCAGCUGGACCUGCGAGGCUUGAGGGUCCUGGCUGGGUGUCUGACGGAGCAGGGGGCCGAGCAGCUGAGGAACCAGACGUCAGACAGGCUGCAGACGGUGAUCCUGGACGUCACCAAGACUGACAGCGUCGCUGCGGCCACCGAGUGGGUGAAGGAGCAUGUGGGGGACAGAGGACUCUGGGGUCUGGUGAAUAAUGCCGGCAUUUGCACACCCAUGGCACCCAACCAGUGGCUGACCAAACAGGACUUCGUGAAGAUUCUGGAGGUGAACCUGCUGGGGGUGAUUGAUGUGACCUUGAACGUGCUGCCCCUGGUGCGGAAGGCGAGGGGCCGUGUGGUCAAUGUCUCCAGCGUCAUGGGCCGGUUGGCCCUCUUUGGUGGAGGUUAUUGCAUGUCCAAAUACGGCGUGGAGGCCUUCUCAGACUCCCUCAGGAGGGAGCUCUGCUACUUUGGAGUGAAGGUGGCUAUGAUUGAGCCCGGUUACUUCCUGACCAAUAUGACCCAAGAUGAGGUGUUUAAUGGAAACGUCCAGGCAGCAUGGGAUCAUGCCAGCCCAGAGAUCCAGGAACUCUAUGGAGACAACUUUCUUGAUGGUGUCUCCUUCCUGACAGUCAUGAAGGCAACGGAUUUUCUGAAGGCGCCGUGGGCUGGAAAUCUGUCCUUGGUGACUGACUGCAUGGAACACGCCCUGACCGCCUGCCAUCCCCGCAGCAGAUACUCGGCUGGCUGGGACGCCAAGUUGUUCUAUCUCCCCAUGAGCUACCUGCCCAGCUUCUUGGUGGAUCUCAUGAUGUAUUGGUGUUCCCCUUUGCCUGCUAAGGCCCUGUAA